AUGGGCUGCUCAAAGUGGGCCGAGGCAGGAGAGGGCCCUGAUGCGCUUGUGGGCUGCGGUCUAGUAAUGGGUGAGGAAGCAACCGCGGGCGAUCCUGGCGAAACGGGCUCAAGAGUGUCUGGGCCAGCCGUGGAACUCAAAGCUCCCAUAUCAAGCAGCAGAUCUUCGUCAUCUGAAUCGGGAGCUGGCAACGAGAAGACUGGCCGAGGGAUCCAGUGCAGCCGACUGGAAGUCUGGGCUUGGAAGGGGAACCGAUCCUCAUGA